AUGCAUGUAAAUAGUUUGCCCAAUGAAUUAUCUAUUGAUUUACUUACUCAUGAUCUUGAUUCUCGAUCAUUUCUAAUGUUUGUUCGUCGAGAAAAUGAAAGAUAUAGAGAAAUUUCAACAUCUGAACAUAAUCGUCAAUAUUCAUUAAACUAUACUUCAUUUGAUCAUGCACGUGGAUUUACUCGUAUGAAUAAAUAUGUUAAUCUAUCAUCAAAUUUUUUAAUACCAUAUCAUAUGCUUAGUGAAAAUGGUCGAAUAAUUACUCAUGAUAAUUUAUCUGUUGAUCGUCGUCAAUGGAAAAAAUAA